AUGGCCAAUCGCUCCGUCAAUGAGGACUUUCGUCUUGUACGUUUGGUCACUCUUCCGGCCACUGAUGUCACGGAGAAGAGCGGUACUCUUACCCUCCACGGUCUUACGCCGACGGCUGCGUACCGUUUCCGAGUGAAAGCUUUGCUGCUCGAUGGACGUGGCACUUUCAGUGAUGUCGUUACGCUGCGUAUGCCUACGAAGCCGAGGAAUACGUGGAGACGUUGCGUCACUCGAACUGUAGACGAGGAGAACACGAGAGCAGGAAUGCGCGUCACCAACACUCCUCCCUUGCAGCGAUUUCCGUCUGCUAGACGAGGACAUUCCCUCACAUUGCUGGACAAUUCUCUGUACCUCUUUGGAGGAAUGGCGAAGAGCUACGAGUGCAGCCGAGCACACAAAGUGCCGUGUUUAUUACAGCCGAGUCCACGAUCAGUGUCCAACGAUUUCUGGCGAUAUGAUCUGCGCACGGAGACGUUGGUGGUCUGUGCUCCGCCAGCGUUGGUACCUUCUCCAAGAGAGAAACACUCGAUGGCAGUGGUGAAUGACCGCUUGAUUCUAUUCGGAGGACGGCAGAACGACGUGUCGGACGCAAAUGACGCCUCGACGUGGGGACCUCGAGCCCUGAAUGAUUUGUGGGAGCUGUCGGUCUCCUCCAGUACAGCGAAACAGACGUCAGUGUCGCUGGAUUCUCGUCAGCCAUCGGCUUUGUCUAUUCCGGAUGGAGGACAAGUCUUUGCGCUUGGGAGGAAGAGUGGUAGUGCUGGUGGAGGGCAACUCUGCGUUGUCAACGUGUCUUUCGUGUCGACGUCUAGUCUCGAAGCGCUCUCGGUCUUCCAUCAGCUGCCUGUUGCCGGGAACUGGACGCUUGAGUUGACUGACACUGCAGCGGACGGCUUUGUCGGGACCCUGGACUCGUGGGACGUCACUUUCGACGUUGCGCCUUGCGUUCCUGCCUUCACGUGGACGAAUCUGUCGCCCAUAGCAACGGGAACGGCCCCGACCGCGCGGCCACAUUUGGCGCGGAUGGGCUAUCCAGUGAGUUGUUAUCAAUUGAGUGGCAUGCAUCCAGUCACUCACGUGAAGGUCGUGCGCAGCUCCAACAAGUUCAAGGCCUACAAGAAGCUCGAGCCCAGCUUGUCCCGGCGGGCAUCUGGCACCGGGUACGGCAUCUGGUACCUGGACAGUAAGAGAGACACGCCGAGCAACUGUCCUGGUAAGCUUGGUCGCAGUGAGCGAUUCAUGGUCGAGCUCAAGUGUCAUCAGCAACUGCGGAUGAAGCGACAUCAAGGUGCAAGUGAAGUUCAAGCAUCGAGGCACCAGCUACUGGCACACAACAAAAGUCGAGUUGCAUCGUAG